UUCAACAUGGCGGCGCCCUGCUGCUGAAACUCUGCCCUGCUACUGAACACUGUAUUUACUUAAAACAAACAGACUACCGCAGAAAUUCUUGUACAAUUUAAAGGCAGAAUAAUAUAGAUAAUAUAGAUAAUAUAUAUAAUUAUGUAUAUAUAAUGGCGAACAUUUGCAAAUCUGAGAAUUCAGCUAAACUCGAGAACCAAGGAAAAGACGAGUCUGUAGACAGCGAGGAUGUAAACACAAGCUCGAUCGAGAGUGAAAUGUCCUCGUCAGGUUUCCAGCACACUCAAACCGAAGGGAUCGGGGCCGAACCGGGCAAGGAAAUAAUUUACUACUGCUCGCUGUGCGGAAAGGGUUUUUCCCGAAAGGGUCACCUGAAACAACACCAUCUAAUCCAUACGGGAGAAAAGCCCCAUCAGUGCUCGCAGUGUGGGAAGACGUUCAUCCAAAAAAGCAACCUCAAGAAGCACCAGCGCACUCACACGGGAGAGAAGCCGUACGUGUGCUCGCAGUGCGGCAAGAGUUUCACGCGCCACAGUCCGUUUAAGAACCACGAGCGCAGCCACACGGGGGAGAAGCCGUACCGGUGCUCGCCAUGCGGGAAGAGUUUCACGCUGCAGAGUUCCUUCAAGCGGCACCAGCUCAUUCACAACGGGGAGAAGCCGUAUUACUGCGCGCAGUGCGGCAUGAGUUUCCGCGAGCUGAGUCACUUGACGCACCAGCGCAUUCACACUAAAGAGAAGCCGCAUUACUGCUCGCUGUGCGGAAAGGGUUUUAGAGAAUUGCCCACUCUAAAAAACCACCAGCUCGUUCACACGGGAGAGAGGCCGCAUUUCUGCGCACAGUGCGGGAUGAGUUUCCGUGAGCUGAGUCACUUGAAAACGCACCAGCGCAUUCACACCAGAGAGAAACCGCACUAUUGCUCGCAAUGCGGCAUGAGCUUCCGCGAGUUGAGUCACUUGAAAACGCACCAGCGCAUCCACUCGGGGGAUAAGUCGCACUACUGCUCGGAGUGCGGCAUGAGUUUCCGCGAGCUGAGUCACUUAAAAACGCACCAGCGCAUCCACGCCGGAGGAAAGCCGUAUUACUGCUCCCAGUGCGGCAUGAGUUUCCGGGAACUGAGCCAUUUGAAGACGCACCAGCGCAUUCACACUAAAGAGAAGCCGCAUUACUGCUCGCAGUGCGGGAUGAGUUUCCGAGAGUUAAGCCAUUUGAGGACUCACCAGCGCAUUCACACCGGAGACAGGCCGUACCGCUGUACGCAGUGUGGGAAGAGCUUUAAACAGCACGGAUCCUUCAAGGCUCACCAGCGCAUUCACGCAGCAGACAAGCAGCAACACAGUGUGGGAUGAGUUCAGUACGUGUGUGUGUGUGUUGGCUUAUUAAGAAAAAAACCUGGCUCAUUUACACGGAACCGAAGGCGUAUGCUCACAGCGUGGGUCUCGUUCACGUUAAUCACGUGUCAUAUAUCAAAUGACUAUCUCAAACUAAACGUAACGUACUUACCGAAGACCUGGUACAGGCACAAGCCUCUAACCGAACAUCGCAAACCAGAGGAUUACGGACUAUUUUUCACAUGUGAGCAAUGGAGGCGUCAUUCAAACACUUUUAUACGUUUAGUGACUUGAUUUUAAACGUUGUACAGGGUAUAUAAUGCAUCACAGUGUAACCGUUCAUUUACAACCCGUUAAAAAGUUUUAGCGCAAUCCGUUAUCAUGAACUAAUCCGUUUUGAUUAGAGGCUUUUGUUCGUUUUCGAAUGAUGUACGCGGUUAUAUCUCGUUACAGAAACCGUUUCUGUUCUGAACUAUUGUUCCGAUGGUUGGACUUUAUAAUAUUUGUGUUCUAGUAGCUUGCAGGAGCAUUUUAAAAAUUGGAGGCCCAAAUGAACGAAAACAUAUGUCAGAUGCACCCAAUUAUAAAAAGUUGACAAACAGUAUUCACUCAGGAAACCCCGGGAAUUUUGAAGGCACAGCUGAUUUGCUUCCUAACAGAUCUCCAUUAAAGGCUCAUGCAGAACAAAAUGACUACCAAAAAAAAGUAUAAAGAGAAACAGAGAGUCUUCAGCUUUUGCUGUCUUGUAAUUGCAGGACUAUAGCGUUGAAAGAUUGUUUGACUUGAUCAUGAGUUUAUGCGAAUCACUGCAAAAUGUGUACAGAACGAAGAAUUCCAAAAUCGGUUUAUACACAGACAUGGUAAAUGAUCUUUUUUUUUCUGUUGGAUGAGUUGGAUCUAAAGUGUAUCUAAAGAGGAUUAAGUGGCAAAAGGAACCG